ACAGCACCAAAAAUCGUACGGUCCACACAAUUUGCAUCAACCUACUGUGCACGUUUGCCCAUUUUCACACUACCCUGCUAACUUGCACAGAAUGAGUUAAUCAAAUCCUAUCCUUCUUUCUCUUUCUCUGUUCUUUGCCGCUUGUGAAGAGUACUGUCAAGAAUUUCAAGCGGCUCCCAAGGUUUUUUUUUUCUUCCCCCAUUUCUUGGAUAGAAUUUUCACUCAAAAAGUUUAACUUUUAACCUUAAAAGUUUGCAACUGUAUGUAGUUUCUGUUGAAGGAAACAAGGAAACAAGAAAAACCCAUGUUAGCAAACAUGUAAAAAGCAUUGAAUCUGGGUUUUAGAGAAUUAGGUUUUUGUUUUUUUAUGCUUUACUUUGUAACUACCAUGAACAAUGUAUGGUAAUGGUUUAGCUUUUGAUUGGUUUAUUUUGUUGUUGUUUUGAAUCUUUGUUGUAAAUGGGAAAUUUGGAAAUACCAAAAUGGCUUAAACGGUUGCCAUUGGCACCUGAAUUUAGGCCAACUGAUACUGAGUUUGCUGACCCCAUUGCAUAUAUAUCAAAGAUUGAGAAAGAAGUUGGUGCUUAUGGUAUUUGUAAGAUUAUCCCACCAUUGCCAAAACCAUCAAAAAAGUAUGUUUUUGACAACUUGAAUAGGUCUUUGUCCAAGUGUCCAGAAUUAGGAAGUGGUGUAGAUGUAUCAAAGAAUGUUGGUUCUGUUUUAAGUUCUGGGGAUACUGGUGUCGAUGAGGGGGAAGGAAGGGCAGUGUUUACGACUCGGCAUCAGGAGUUGGGACAAAGUGGGAAGAGAAUGAAAGGGGUGGCUAGUACUCCACAAUUUGGUGUUCAGAAGCAAGUGUGGCAAAGUGGGGAGAUUUAUACAUUGGAGCAGUUUGAGUCCAAGUCAAAGACUUUUGCAAAGAAUUUGUUGGGUGUGCUUAAGGAGGUAUCUCCAUUGCAUAUAGAGGCAUUGUUUUGGAAGGUGGCUUCAGAAAAGCCUAUAUAUGUGGAAUAUGCUAAUGAUGUCCCUGGAUCAGGUUUCGGGGAACCAGAGGGUCAAUUUCAGUAUUUCCAUAGGAGGAGAAGGAAGAGGAUGUCGUACAGGAGGGAAAUCUCUGAUUGCAAGAAAGAUCAGAUACAUACUGUAAAGAAUUCACAUAUUGAUGAGAUUAAAAAUAGUUCUGUUAAAAGUGAUCCGGAUACAUGUUUAGAAACACCAAAGUCAUCUACUUCAUUGUCAACCAUGGCAUCAGAUGGAAAUUCUCAUUCUAAACAGAAGAGCGGAAAUGCUAGUAAUGAUAUAGAAGGUACUGCUGGUUGGAAGCUUUCAAACAGUCCUUGGAACCUUCAAGUGAUUGCUCGCUCAGCUGGCUCACUUACACGUUUUAUGCCUGAUGAUAUUCCUGGCGUUACUUCUCCCAUGGUUUACAUUGGGAUGUUGUUUAGCUGGUUUGCCUGGCAUGUUGAAGAUCACGAGCUUCACAGCAUGAAUUUUCUUCAUACUGGCUCUUCAAAGACAUGGUAUGCUGUUCCUGGGGAUUAUGCAUUUUCUUUUGAGGAAGUUAUCCGCACUGAGGCUUAUGGUGGUAAUAUUGACCGCUUAGUUUCCUUAUUACCAGCUGCUCUGUCAUUACUGGGUGAGAAGACAACUCUUCUAUCACCUGAGUUGAUUGUCGCAUCUGGCAUUCCUUGUUGUAGGUUAAUACAGAAUCCUGGUGAAUUUGUUGUGACUUUUCCAAGAGCCUACCAUGUAGGAUUCAGCCACGGUUUUAAUUGUGGGGAAGCUGCAAACUUUGGAACUCCACAGUGGCUUCAAGUAGCUAAAGAAGCUGCAGUUCGUAGAGCUGCUAUGAACUAUCUUCCAAUGCUUUCUCAUCAGCAGCUGCUAUACCUUUUGACCAUGUCUUUUGUCUCAAGGGUGCCAAGAUCCUUUCUACCAGGUGCUCGGAGUUCUCGUUUGAGAGAUCGCCGGAAGGAAGAAAGGGAGGUGUUAGUGAAGAAGGCUUUUAUAGAAGAUUUGUUAACUGAAAAUAAAUUGUUAUCUGUUCUUCUUAAAAGAGGAUCAACUUAUCGUGCAAUAAUAUGGGACCCUGAUUUACUACCUUAUACAAGCAAAGAUUCUGAAUUGCCCAGUGGACCUGCUACAGUUUCUACAAAACUGCAAGAAAAUGUUUCCAAUAGUCAUUGUGAAAAUAAUUCUAAUCAAAAUAAUCUCUUGGAAGAGAUGAGCUUGUACAUGGAAAAUAUGAAUUAUUUAUAUUUGAAUGAUGAUUUGACAUGUGAUUUUCAAGUUGAUUCUGGGACAUUGGCUUGUGUGGCUUGUGGAAUUCUGGGUUAUCCAUUUAUGUCUGUGGUACAACCAUCUGACGGAGCAACAAUGGAACUUCUAUCUGCAGAUCAUCUUUCGAUUCAAGGUCCAACAGUUUUGGAACCUAAGAAUGCUCAUUCAUGUCCUGGUCUCAAUCACCCUGUUGAGGACUCAAUUUCAGACAAUGUCAAUCAUGUUGCUGAUCUAUCUCAACCCUACAAGGAUGUGCCAGCAACAUCAAUAACUAAGUUUUCUGAAGGAUGGGACACUUCUAACAAAUAUCUGAGGCCUAGGAUUUUCUGCCUGCAGCAUGCUGUUCAAGUUGAGGAGCUUUUGCAGUCCAAAGGUGGAGCUAAAAUUCUGGUAAUUUGCCAUUCAGACUAUCAGAAAAUAAAGGCACAUGCAGUACCUCUAGCGGAGGAUAUUGGUAUCCCUUUCAAUUACAAUGAUGUUCCAUUGGAUGCUGCAUCCCAGGAGGAUCUAAACUUGAUCAGUUUUGCAAUUGAUGAUGAACAUGAUGAAAUUGGAGAGGACUGGACCUCAAAACUUGGUGUUAACUUGCGGUUUUGUGUCAAGGUCAGAAAGAACUCUCCCUUUAAGCAAGUUCAGCAUGCACUGCCAUUGAGUGGACUUUUCUCUGAUAAAUGUAGCAGUUCAGAGUUAUUUAACAUCAACUGGCGGUCGAGAAAAUCUCGUUCAAAAGGUAAGCUAAACCAUCCAUCAGCACCCUCUAAACCAUGUGAAAGUGUUGAAAUGAAAGUGGAUAAAAAAUUGGCGGAAAAGAUAGAUGGCAACAUUACUAAAAAUGAGCCGAAAAUUAUUCAGUAUUCAAGAAGGAAAAAAGGAAAACCAGAUUACUCUACUGGAGCAGGUGAGGGCCUUGAACUUUUGAAGGAUGACCCACCAAGAGAAGAUUCUUCUGCUGCAUGUCAACUUCUUGAUGAACAUGGUGGAAAUAAAUCCAAGAUAAAAUUCAAAAGCGAGUCUGCUAUAUUAUUUUCAUCUUUAUCUACCAAGUCAUCUCAGGCACAGCUUGAGAUCCAGAAUACCAUAGUUGUUGAAGUUGUACAAAAGGAUCAGAGCAAAGUUUUGAAGGAGUCAGAUGGUGAAGCGUGUAGUUUGACAGCCUUUGCUAGUUCUCAAAAGCAAUGUGAGAUCAAGAUUAUGCAAAGAGCCAGUGAGAAUGAUGAGAUGUCUCCUUCUAACGAGUGUUCUAAAUGUUGUCUUGUUGCAGCUGAUGAAAGAUUUGUGGAAAAUACUGCCACUGUUAGUGAAAUUUGCAAUCCAGUUUCUGAAGGACAGUUUGAGGAACUGGCUGCCAGGUAUGAUUUGAUAAAUCUUUCUAAUUUAGCAAUUUUACAUUCUGCUCAGCCAUCUGCUGGAAGAUUUGAUCCAGGAUUGGAGGACAUAACUGUUGAGAAAUCUUGUAUGAACGAAGGGAUUUGUUCUUGUAUGACAUCUGAUAACAAAAUGCAGCAAGAAACUGAGGCUGCCAGCAGAAAUAACAAUGAGGGCAUUUUAGGUCAUAAUAAAGUAAUAAAUAAAACUAAUUUGGGUUCAAAGGAUUUCUCCAGUGGUGUAUCUUUGGGAAAUGAAAUGCAGCACAAAACCAACACUGGAAGUGGAAGUCAGUUUGAGCCUUUUUUUAGUUCUCCCACCCUGACUAAGGGGCCUAGUACCAUUACAGUGGGACAUAGAUCUGAAGUUCCAACAGAGCCCUGUGCUGCUGCAGAUUCAUGUGAUGGUGCAAUUUCUAAGAACAAAGCACAGAAGCAGGAAAUCCUGAUAAAUGCAAGCAAGGAAGAACUUCUCUGUGGUUCUAUUAUGCCAAUGGAAUUUGAUCGGCCUACUAGUCUCUCAGUGGAAGAAAAUUCUGUAAUUUCUAAGAAUCCUUGUGCCAAAAAAGACCCGCAUGCUGAUGUGACCUUCAAUGUUGAGGAGUUGCAAGAAAUUGGAGCUACAAAAGGAACCAGUGGAGAUGAAGUUAUCGCUUGUUCCCAUUUGCCAAUCAAAGACAAGCAGCCCACUCCCAUUGUGAUGGAAGCUUGCUCCGAGGUUCAAAGGGAGAGCAGUUCUCAAAAGAAGUCUUGUACGGAUGCUACUGCAGAUGAUGGCAGACAUGAAAAUGAUAUUAGAAAUGAAAGAAACGAGGAAGAAUCUGUUUCUUGCUGUGUUACACCUAUAAAUCAGACUACUAUUCCAAUCCAAAAGUACUCGAGAACUCAUAGAGAGAGUCAUGCUACUGUGAAUGUGGAUGUUGAUGUUGAUGGGGAAGUUUGUUCAUCGGUAGAUUAUAGAGAUCUUCAGUCUGCUGUGACAAAUUGCAGAUCAAGUGCCAUGAAUGGGAGAAAGAGGAAGAGAGAACUGGAGGAAGCAUCUGAAAAAGAUGGCGACAAUGGCUUUAUUAGAAGUCCGUGUGAAGGAUUGAGGCCAAGGGCUCAGAAAGAUGCAACAAGCAGUGUUAAUGAAGGCAAAAUAUCUCAGGAAGUGCUGCCAACAGAAGAGACUAGGAAACCUUCAAUUCAUACCCAGAGUAAGAAAGUAAUUAAAAAGGGGUCUCAUAGAUGUGACCUGGAAGGCUGCCAUAUGAAUUUUGGGACAAAGGAAGAGUUGAGGUUGCACAAACGCAAUCGGUGCCCAUAUGAGGGUUGUGGAAAGAAGUUCCGCUCCCACAAAUAUGCAAUCCUACAUCAACGAGUCCAUGAGGAUGAUAGGCCCCUCAAGUGCCCAUGGAAAGGUUGUUCCAUGUCAUUCAAGUGGGCAUGGGCUAGGACUGAGCAUAUACGGGUGCACACUGGAGAACGACCUUAUCAGUGCAAGGUUGAAGGCUGCGGCCUUUCUUUCAGGUUUGUGUCAGAUUUUAGUCGACAUAGACGAAAAACAGGGCAUUAUAUGGACUUUUCAGCCUGAAAGUUUGUCAUUAUAGUUAGGUUCCAUCUAUAAUGUAUGGGCGAGUAGCUCUGGGGCCGAAAGAGGUGUACAGAAUCAUGUACAAACUCAGGGAUUCUGACUAGGUAGAGGUUAGAGCUAGAUUGAUCCUUUUGUAAGUGGGCAUUCUCCAAUCAUUUGAAUGCAGUUAUAGUGGGAAAUCCUUCUCAUCAAUAGUCUGUGUGGAUUGUUGGUAGAGACUUUUAGUUUUAGCGAUUAGGAUUCAAAUUCUUACAAUUUCUAGUUAAAAAAAUUCAUAAUUUUUUUUUUCUUUCUCUGGAUUGUUCCACGGUAAUCCCUUUUGGAUAGAAUCACUAAUCCCCAAACAGGAAUUAUUGGCAGGAGUUCAAUCUCCCCUCUUUCAUAGAUUUGCUAGUUUCAUCU